AUGACUGAAGAAUUUAUUAAACCAAUUCAUAUUGCAUAUAUUGGUGGUAAAUAUGUUUAUAUACCAUUCAAUGAUGUUAUAGAAUCAUUACAAGUUUCUUUAAGAAGUAUUUCAAAUGAAAAACCUUCAACAGGAACAUAUAAUAUUAGAUCUGCACAAUUACAAACAAUAUUUGAUAAUUUUUAUUCAACAACACUUUCAUCAUAUUCUCCAAAUAAUCAACUUUAUUUUGCUUAUCGUUUUUUGGCAUUAGGAACAAUUGAAGAAAAGAAAAUAGGAACAAUGGUAAUAACAAAAAUACUUGAUGAAAUUACAAUUAAUCAUAUUCCAGACUUUGAACGUAUUUUUGAUAAUGAUAUUACAACAUGGGAAAUUUGUGAUUCUUUUUCUUUGAGAGUACUUGGUCCUUUAAUUAAAAAAAGUGAUGAAUUUGCAACAAAAAUUUCACAAUGGAAAGAUUCUGGUAAAGUUUGGCGUAUGAGAGCUUCUUGUGUUACUUUUGUAUCUUUAGUUAAAGUUGGUGCAAUGACAGAUUUAUCUUUUGAUAUUUGUGCUGCUUGUAUUAAAAGUAGUGAACGAUUUGUACAAUUAGGUGUUGGAUGUUUAUUAAGAGAAAUGUCAUUAAUGUAUAGUGAUAGAGUAGUUCAAUUUAUUACUGAUAAUUAUCGUUAUUUUAGUAGAGAAGGAUUACGUUAUUCUAUUGAUAAACUCAAUUCAGUUACAAGAAAACAAAUUUUAGUGUUAGGAAAAAAUAGAAAAUCAAAAAGUUCAAAUUCACAAUCAAAAGUUAUUCAACCAUCAACAAAUACUAAUCCUCUCAUUGAAUCUUCAAUAAAAAUUAAUCAAAUUCCUGUACAACCUAUUCCUAAUUAUACAUAUCCUCAACCUGUUUAUCUAGUAAAAUAUUAUGAUGGAAUGUAUGAUGUUCCACUUAAUGCACAAAUACCAGAUCAACAAAUUAAUACAACAACACCAACAACUUGUCAAGGAAUUCAAUCAAAUCAAUCACCAACAAUAUCUAUUCAAAAUACAGUAUCACAUCCAUCUAAUUAA